AUGCCGCAACCUAACGAGUUUAUUAUGAAUUUUGAAGAUAUCGCCGAGGUCACUAAAGAAUCUGAGCAGGUUAUAAGACAAUGUUUCUCACAAUUCAGACUGGACGAGGUCUUCUUGUCUUUCAAUGGCGGGAAAGACUGCACGGUCUUACUAGACCUUACAAUAAACGUAUUAAAGGAUAUUCAUCAAAAAGAUGAUAUCGCGAAAGAUCUGAAAGUCGUAUACAUGCGUACUAAGGGACCUUUUAGAGAAAUCGAGUCUUUUAUAGAAGAAGUUGAGGCGCAUUAUAAAGUUAAAUUGGUUGUGACUGAGGGUGAAAUGAAGACUGCGUUAGAAAAUAUAUUGGAAGGCGACAGGAGAUUGAAAGCUUGCCUUAUGGGAACUAGACGGACUGAUCCUUAUAGUCAGAACUUGAAGUUUAUGCAGAAGACGGAUUCAUCCUGGCCCCAGGUAGUACGUGUAUUUCCAAUUCUCAACUGGAGUUAUCAUCAAAUAUGGAGUUACAUUCUGCAGCGUCACGUUCCUUACUGCAAUCUAUAUGAUAUUGGUUACACAUCAAUUGGUAGCAUUCACAAUACGUGCCCGAACCCGUCCUUAGCGUACACCAUUAGCGGGCACAUUGCGUACAAGCCGGCGUGGCUACUUGACGACCCAACAAUGGAACGCGACGGCAGAAUGACAGCUGUCAACAGCCGGGGUUCGACGGAUGGCAUAGGAAACACAUUGACAGAUGUCAUGAGUGAAUCUGUGAAUGGACACGCUUACAAAGCAGAUAAAACUGAUUCUAUCAGCAACACACUUAACACGGCGUAA